AUGAUAUUGGUGCAGCGCGCAAAGCCACUGAAAAUGGUACAGCUCUACUUCACAGUACUGUUUUGCCUGCUGUCAUCGGCACUGUGCGCCGACUGGAGUGCCAGCUGCCCCCUCAACUGCAGCUGCAAAUGGUCGAACGGCAAGAAGUCGGCGAUCUGCAAUGGGGCCGACUUUACCGCGGUACCGUCGAACCUGUCGACCGAGAUACAGGUGCUGGUGCUGAACGACAACAACAUACCGUACCUAAACCGGGAAGAAUUCACCUCGCUGGGGCUGGUGAACCUGCAGAAGAUACAUCUGAAGCAUUCGCACGUGAAAUAUCUGCACCGGGAGGCGUUCAAAAACCUCAAGAUACUGGUGGAGGUGGAUCUGAGCGAGAACGAGAUUGAAACGCUGGACAAGCAAACGUUUGCGGGCAACAAUCGGCUGCGCAUCAUCAACCUGUACGAUAACCCGAUCAAGAUGCUGGUAGCGGAACAGUUUCCGGUGCUGCCGUAUCUGCGUAACAUCGACCUGCACAGCUGCCAGUUGCGGUACGUGGCGGAGACGGCAUUUUCCAACCUCGAUCUGCUCGAGUUUCUCGACCUGUCGAAGAAUCGGCUCGAGAGCCUACCGCACCAUGUCUUCAAUCACAUGAAGAACCUGAAAACGCUGAUACUGGAGGAGAACUGGUGGAACUGUGACUGCCAUUUGCGGGACUUUCGCAACUGGUAUCUCAACAGCUCGCUGAACCGGCGCAGCCUAAUCUGUCAGCGUCCGUUUGCGCUCAAGGGCCUGUCCUGGGAGUAUCUCGAGACGGAGCAGUUCGGUUGCAUGCCGAUGGUCGAGAUCUUUCGCGACGAGUACGAGAUUGAGGACCUUGGUACGAACAUCACGUACAAGUGUAUGGUGUCGGGUGAUCCCGAACCGAACGUCCGGUGGGACGUGAACGGGAAGGAUGUCGACCAGGACAAUGCUAUUAUCGAGACGGAGCGGCACGUUGCGUUCGACGGUAGCGUGACGAUCUGGAGCAACCUCACGAUCCUGAACGUGACGAAUAAUGAUUCCGGCUUCUACACCUGCACCGCCACGAACCGGAUUGGGUUGGCGAGCAAGAACUUUAGCCUGGUGCUGCCGGAAGUGGUGGAGCGUGUGAUUAUCAAGACGCCGGAAACGUUCUGGUACUUUGGGCUGAUACUCGGUAUAUUCGGCACAAUCUUCGGGCUGCUGUCGCUGUCGGUGGUGGUGUGUUUGGUGAAGCGCAAGCUGCGAAUGCGCCGGCGGCGGAAAACAAUCAAGAACAGCGUCAGCUUCAACGAUCAGGAGAAAAAACUGCUGGACCUGAGCAUUACCACCAACGAGCGGCAGGAGUUUAGUGCGAGCGAUGUUGUGACGCCAUCGACCAAGACGGAUUCGACCAUCGCGAUGGAACCGGUGCAGAUCACGAUCGAGUCGAUCGCCACAUCUAAGCGCGAGGAGUAUCCACUGAAUGUGGGUGUGUUUCCGCCACCUCCCGAGUUCUGCACGCAGAUGAUCACGAACCCGACCAUCAGCAACAUCUACAUCUCCGUCUCGGUAACGCAGGAUCCGCUCGAAGGUGCGGAGGUAAACAUGUAUCCGGAUCUGCUCAAUAUCCCGAACCGUCACCAGAAGGGACCACCCAAGAUUUCACCCGUAAGCGUGACGUCGUAUGCGACGUUGCCACGCAAGACGGCUACGGUUGGCGGUGGUCCACGGUGUUCCAUCACCUCCGGGCACAGUUCCGGUUCCAGCUCGAGUACCGGCACCGCCGCGCAGGUGUUGCUGUCGGGUGGUAAGCCGAAUGCCGGCGGUGUUGGUGCACCACCGUCGGUUGGAUCACCGCUGUCCUGUACGCCGAGCCUGCUGGCAACGGAAAUUCCACUCACGGACGGCAUUGUCAAUUACGCGACCACCUCCCUGCGCGAUGACUCCGGCUGCGAGAUGUCUGCGUCGCCGGUGCCGUCCAUGUGUGCCGAAUGCAGCAAGGUGAUGAAAGCGACCAGUACGUCCACGUUUGCCGGUCCGGCGUCGGCUAAGUAUGCCGGCGCGUCCCGUACGCUCACCGGUGUCGGGGGUGACCUCGCCACGAUGGCGGGCAGCAUAAAGUGCGAAAAGCCAUUGGCCUGCCUGAAGUACGACAAUAUGGGGCGGCGGUAUACGGCCAGCGGCAACUCGACGCUUUCGCUGCCGGACGAGCUGAAGUCGACGACCGGACCGCCCGGGGUCGGUACGUUCGUCAUCAAGCAGCAGGAAAUCGAAACCAUCGUCGAGCAGGACGACCAUCCGAUAAUGGACGAUGCCGCCCGGUUGGACGAACAGCUGGAAUCCUCGUCGUCCUCCUCGACCGGCGCACCGAUGGUUGCGAUCGGUGCACUAGCAGGACCACUUACCGAUACGCAUGACAGUGCGCAGGAUGCCGCCACCCAGCGGGGUCUGUUCGUUGUCGGCAGUAAUGAUUUUGUAUCGCUGUAGUCGUCCACCCCGGCAAUGCCACCGCAAUCAGGUGUCGAUAUGGCCGAGCGCAGGAAUCGCACGGAGCAACCAAUCCAAACCAUCGAACUUAAAUUGUACAAACGUAUUUACCCAUCUUCCUUCCUACCACCACCUCGCCAUCCGAACCCAACUAGCACGUACACAGAAUCUCACCUUUAUUAGCUUAACAACCUGAAACCGCUGAACACAAAUGGUAGAGUGUAAUAACACCCAUUCGCUUCCCGCUAGAUCGCAAUUCCACCAAACGCACUUCAAGUAAAAAACCAUGAUUGUGUAGCGCUUAAACCCGACAAAUACUUGAAUUGUGUGCAAAGACGCUGGGCAAAGAUUUUACGCCACAUCCUGUCAAAAUUCUUCUACCGAAAAGUGCAGGUUGUCUGUGACCAUUAGCUUUAGGGUACCGACUGUCAGUAUAAUCCCAAUGCCUUUAACCUACCUAGCAAGCGGAGACGACCAAGCUUUUAAAAAGCUCCCAAGGUAGUAAUGUAGUUCUCUCCGUGGGCAGGGUGGGCGCCAUAAAGUAUGCAAUCCGUGAGACAAAAUUGGCUAGCGCGUUCAACUUUAGCCGUGCGUGAUGAGGUUACUUCGCCAUGAGGUUGCUUAAAAGCUUGUUUGUCUCGGUUAUUGAGGCUAUUGAGUGCUAUAUCCCUCCCGCAAUCCUGCUUACCUUCUUGUGUAACCAUAACUGCCGAUUUGUACUGCAAGUCCGGUGACCCAUGUGAUAAUCAUGUGCUUGGUUGGUAGCUCUACCCCCCCCUUUUCCGUAACCCCACCCGGAUGUUUUGCUUCGUAAAGCACCAUUCCUUUCCAAGCACCACAUAAUGGCAAAGACCACAACAGUUACUCAGUAGCUCUCUUAUAUACUAUAUAUUACUUGGGGGCCGUCGCUUUUAAUUCAUAUCAUAACAACCCCCUCCCCCCCCCCCCUCUCCCCUCCACACACACACACUGUCUACCCGUGAAAACCCCUUUUUGCAGAUGAGGCAGUGGUUGUGGCGGAAGAAUACGCGAAAAAAUAGAUCCUAGCAGGAGUUUGCCAGGACUCUGGUGCCGAAAGUGAAUCUCCAGGGUUUUUUAUUUCGGGGGAACAUUCAAAGGCACUUCCAGCGGAGAGAUGAAUACCAGACCGCCAAGCCAAAUUGUGGUCUUCCAACAGUUAAACGACGCCCCUACCGCAACGAACGAGCGUAGUACAGUACAGAUUUCUGCGCCAUAGUGGAGUAGUUUAGUUAACGUUAAGCCAAUGGCUCCCGCUGCAAUAGCGAUGUAUUGCUAUAGCAAAUGGCUAGGCUCCAGGCAUCUUAGUACACUUUACACUACAACAACUUCAAUUUACGUUCGGUAAAAGCCUAGUGGUUUCCGUUCUACUACUACUGCAACACUAUUUAGAUGGUUUUUGGGUUUUCAUCGUUCCAUUAAGGAUUUUCAUCCCCAUUCGUGGGUAGGCAUAAUACGAAGAUAGAAAAGAAAAGGGAAAAUCAUAUAAUGCACCCUAUGCAUACCAAGACGUUGAGAGAAAAGCGUAACUUUAAUCUAAAACACGUUACACCAGACACAAACAAAAAAACCCAUAAACUAGAAGAAAUGUUCGACAACAAGAAGCAAAACAAGCAAAAAUGUAAUCUGACCUGCAAAACUGAACAAACAACGUGAAGGCAAAUUGUGUAAUAUAGAGAAACGGUUCGGUUUCGGGAUACUGAAGAUUCCGAACCACGUGUUUGCCGCCGCCCGACCGCCCCGCAAAGCGUUAUUUAGUAUCAGUUGUGAAUAAACUAAUGGUAACAGUUAAGAUGUGUUAAAUGUGUAAGAUGGAAUGUAAAACAUGUCCACGCAAACAGACUAAUAAGAAAGUAUUUAAACGAAGACACAAACAAAAACUAAAGAAAAACACACACAUACACACAAACAAUGGUAUAUAACGAUAAGCUUACCGAAGACUUUAAGUUGAAGCCAAUUGCGUUAACCUAUUACAAUUUAGUAGAUCAAAAUAAUUCUAGAUCAUUAAAUGAGGUAAAAGUUAGGGCUAAGAAGAGAACGUUAAAGAGAGUGAAGGAAAGAAAAAGGAAGAGAGAGAGAGGGAGAGAGCAACAAAAAAGGAGAUAAACAAGCAAGAUGAUACUUCUGAAUAAAAUCAAUCAAAUCUAGUUAGAGAACAAAUGAAACAAUUUUAGCGUACAAUUAGUAGUAUAUGCAUAUUUGACGAUAGAGAGAGAUAGAGAGGGAGACAGGGAGAGAAGAAAAAACAGAAAACACAAAACAAGGCAUGAAAUGGUGUUAUUAAAGCAAAAAACCCCAAACCAAGAAAAUAACUCACUCAUUAUUUGAACGUUUAAUAAGAGUGGGUGAUAUAAUUUACGCGUGUAUAGAAUUCGACGUUUUUAUUAGUGGAAAUGAGCGGAUACGCGAAAACGAAACGACACUUCCUAUACUUAGUUACCCCCUUGUUCAAGGACGCUCUACACAAACACACACACUCACACACUCACACGACGAUACACAGGCGAGCGCAGGCGAUAUACGAAAAGUCAAAAUCAUUUCUGCUGUGGUUACGCAGUCAUUUUUAUGCAUCUCCUUUUUUGCAAUUUUAUUCCAAUCUUUGGCAAACAGAUUUUGGAAGCUUUUAUAAAUAAGACAAGACCCCUUUCUACAAUUGUUAUUUUUGUACAAAAACAAAAUGCCUCUUAGUAUAUUGGCAAGGUAUCACUGCAGCAAAUCGCGUUUCGUUUAAAUUAUCAGUGCUAGCAAAACAUAAUUCCCAGUUUGUUCAAGUAUUUUUUUUACGGUAAUACAGCAAAUGCACUGCUUUGUGACGGAGACUUUUAUAUUUCUUUUGGUCGUAUUGCGUUGCAAAAAUUGAACUAAAACAGCCGAAACGCAGUGGACAAUCAGCGAUCGCUUCCUAGCGCUAUUGCUGCCGUGUAUUGCUUGCGUUGCAUCCCAGUUGUAACACAGCCAACGGAGAAGUAGUCGCUCGUCAUUCGCGCUCGUGUACGCUCCUCUUAUACCCUUGCACUGAAUAGGGAUAGCGCUGCCAUGCGAAUAUCUGCUAACGCGCUGGCUAAACAGCUGACUUAGCCGUCAAUCUAGUCCGCUGAUAAACCAUGGCGGCGACCAUUCUGUAGCAUAAUGCUUGACUCUCAUAUGUAAAACACCUAUAACACAAGUACUAGCCAAUCCAUCGUUUCAGAGCAACAUUACACAAUGAAAACCAAAAAACAACAACAACAAAAA